UUCCGCAGCUGCGGCCCCCGCUUGGUGCGUUUCGGGGGAGCCCUCGUCCGCCUCUUCCCGCAGGUGCUGAACACUUGGCGAGCCGGCCAGGAGUUCCCUUCGCCCGGGCUGCAGCGGCCUUACAGCGCGGUUCGGGCCCGGCUGUACCAGGUGCUGGAUCUGUGGGUCCAAGUGGCCGGAGCGGCCUCGGGGCUCCUUCUGGGGCACAGCAGCCAAAGCGACGCCCUCCUGGGACACUUGAUCCAGGACAUCAGCCCCCCGAGCGACGCCCUGAAGAUCCAGCCAAGCCCCGCCUUGGAGGGGAAACCCAGCGCCGCGAAGAAAGCCAAACUCUCUCCGGCGAGCGGCCUGGGCUGCCCGUUCCGCAAGCACGACCCUCAGGCCAACAGCGACGUGUGCCUGGCGGCUCUGCAAGGCCUGAGCCGGGCCGUCCUCACCUCGGGCAGCCUGAUGAGAGAGCAGCUACACACGAGGCUGCAAGAGCUGGCCAUCCCGCUGCUGAUCCGGCUGGGCCAGGCCGACCUGCCUCUGGGUUCCCCCUACGCCAGCGCCGGCUGCCGACGCGAACUCUACCGUCUGCUGCUGGCCCUCAGCCUGGCGCCCGCCCCUUCCUGCCCGCCGCCUCUGCACUGCGCCGUCCGGUUGCUGAGCCAGGGCCGGACGGAUCCCAACCUCCUGGUCUCGUCCUUCUGCACGGAGGCCUCGGUCAUCUGCAACGCCCUACUACACCCUCGCGUGCCCUCUCUGCAGAUGCCGCUCCCCGGCCCUCCCGCUCACCUGCCGGGCUCCUCGCAGGUCUCCCCGGCGGUGGCGGCGGCGGCCGCAGCGGCUGCCAGCCUGUCCCCCUUCUGCCCGGCCGUCCCAGGGCCUUUCCCCGCCCUCCGGCCGCUCCCUCCGGCCCCCGGCCCUCUCCCGGCUAGCUUGCUGGGCCUCCCCUUGUCGGGGCUGACCGCUCCCCCGCUGCCUCCCCGGCUUCUCCCCGAGGAUCCCCUUCCCCCUCCCUCCCCGGGCCCCGGCGAGGCGUCGGCUCUGGGCCCCGGCGCCAAGCUGCGGCGCUCCGUCUUCGUCCAUUACGACAAGGAGGAAGAGGAGGACGUGGAGAUCUCGCUGGAGAGCGACUCGGACGACAGCGUGGUCAUCGUGCCCAAGGGGCAGCUGGGGAAGGCGGCCGUUGCCGUUGCCGCGGCCCCGAACUCGGCCCCGGGGCCCGCGCCUCCCGCCCCACCGCCCCCGCCCGCCCCGCCCGCCCCCCCUCCUCUCCCCACACCCCCUUUGGUGGCCUGUGAGGAGGCCGCCCCAGAGCCCCCGGCGGCCCUGACUCUGGCGAUCCCCCCGCCGGCCCCGGCCGCACCGGUCCUGCCGCCUUCCCCGGUGGCCGUAGCCGCCGAAGCCCCCUUGCCUCCGGCGCUGCUGGAGGAGGACCCCACCGUCAUCAACAUCAACAGCAGCGAGGAAGAGGAGGAGGAGGAAGAGGAGGAGGAGGAUUUCCCCGAGGACGAAUUCCUGGACGAGGAAGAGGAGGAG